GUGGGCAUUGCAAAAGGAGGCGAGAAGGAGAGCUUUCCACAGAUAGAGCGAGAGAGAGAAAGAGAGAGAGAGAGAAGGCAGAGGGAGAGUCAGUAUUACACAGUACAGAGACAUUCAGCAAUAGAACAGGCAAUGCAUACACUCAGGUAGACUGUGCUUGAGCCAGUGCAUUUAUCUGCCUGCCUGUGUGUGUGAGAGAGAAAGAGAGCUCAGUGCGUUUCCACGGUUGUCCUGAGGCCGUGGCAGCCAUGGCAUCAGAGGCAAACACCCAGUCCAGUGUGAUGUUCCAGACCUCGGACAAAGUGGCGGAGCCAGGACACCGAAAGCUGGGCAAGCUGACCGUCAAGUACAAUCGCAAGGAUCUGCAAAGGAGGCUGAAUAUCGAGGAGUGGAUAGACGAGCAACUGCACCUGCUCUUUGACUGUGAGGAAGAAGACAUCCCAGAGCUGGAGAUUGACAUAGACGAGCUCUUGGAACUAUCAGAUGAAGGGCAAAGACUUCGACUCCAGGAGUUGUUGCAGGAAUGCGGGAAGCCAAUAGAGGAUUUUGUCAACGAGCUGCUCUAUAGGAUAAAGGGACUACGUAAAAUGUCAGGCCCGUUGAAGAAGUAGUUGCUGUUGGUCAAUUAAGAACAACAACACAUCGGGACAAUAGGUUUUGAUUUGUUUACUAUUUGGAGGCCGGGGCUUGUGGUUCACAUGUAUUGGGAGUCUUCCUUUCCUCUUACCAGGUCAGCCUCAAUUAUUACAACACCAAAGCAGUUUUAUCAAUAUUUUAUCUAUUCAAUAAACUUUAAAAAUCGGAUUUGUGAAUUGCUAUGACAUCAUGUCUCCUCUGGAUAUAGUACUGUAAUGCACAUCUUAUGAAAGCUGUACUUAC